UUGGGUGGCUCGGACGGACGGUGUUCCCCAGUGCCCUGCCGUGCCGUGCCUGCGCCGGGAUGGAGGAGCUCUACAGCAAGGCGGAGACCCUCGCCCUUCGGAGGAAGCACAUCGGGCCUUCCUGCAAAGUUUUCUAUGCCAAAGAUCCUCUGAAGAUCGUCCGUGCUCAGGGCCAAUAUAUGUUUGAUGAGAAAGGAGAAAGAUACUUGGACUGCAUCAACAAUGUUGCACAUGUGGGCCACAGCCACCCAUAUGUGAUAAAGGCUGCGACAAAACAGAUGGAACUGCUCAAUACAAACUCCCGCUUCCUGCAUGACAACCUUGUUCAGUAUGCACAGCGUCUCACAGCCACCCUGCCUGACAAACUCUCUGUUUGCUAUUUUGUUAACUCUGGGUCUGAAGCAAACGAUCUUGCUUUACGACUGGCUCGGCAGUACCGCGGGCACCAAGAUGUGAUCACCCUGGAAAAUGCUUACCAUGGCCACGUUACAUCUCUGAUUGACAUCAGCCCCUAUAAAUUUAAUCAGCUGGGAAAGGACAGCAAGAAGGAGUAUGUGCAUGUGGCUCCUUCUCCAGAUAUCUACAGGGGGAAAUACAGGGAAGAUCACCCAGAUCCAGCAAGUGCUUAUGCUGAAGAGGUGAAGAAGAUUAUUGAGGAAGCACAGAAGAAUGGACGCAAGAUUGCUGCCUUCAUAGCUGAAUCCAUGCAGAGCUGUGGAGGCCAAGUAAUUCCACCUGUGGGCUAUUUCCAGAAAGUGGCAGAGUAUGUGCGUGCAGCGGGUGGAGUGUUCAUAGCUGAUGAGGUCCAGGUUGGCUUUGGCAGAGUUGGGAAGCAUUUUUGGGCAUUCCAGCUGCAAGGUGAAGACUUUGUGCCUGACAUUGUCACCAUGGGAAAGCCCAUUGGCAAUGGACACCCUAUGUCUUGUGUGGUCACAACAAGGGAAAUUGCUGAAGGUUUUGGUGCUUCUGGACUGGAGUAUUUCAAUACAUUUGGAGGCAACCCAGUGUCUUGUGCCAUUGGCUUGGCUGUGCUGGAUGUAAUAGAGAAAGAAGAUCUCCAAGGCAAUGCCACACGUGUAGGAAAUUAUCUCCUGGAGUUGCUGGCUGAGCAAAAGGAGAAACAUCCCUUAGUGGGAGAUAUCAGGGGUGUUGGAUUGUUUGUUGGAGUGGAUCUGGUGAAAGAUAAGCAAAAGCGAACACCAGCCACGACAGAAGCCCUUCAUCUUAUUUACAAACUCAAAGAGCGUCAAAUCCUUCUUAGCGCCGAUGGACCCUACAGAAAUAUUUUAAAAUUUAAACCGCCAAUGUGCUUCACAAUGGAAGAUGCAAAACACACAGUGGAGAUACUUGAUGCACUUCUUACAGAAUUGGAAGAAGCCACUGGAAUGAAGGCAGAAAAUAAUGUAUCUACAAAUGUACAGUGUAAAAGAAAAACAACUGAAGAGAGUUCUCAGCCAGAAGGUGCAAGUGAAAGCAAUGGCCAUGUGAAUGGAGCUGCCUGCCGACAAGAAAAUGGGAUUUAUUCGAAAAAACGCUCAGUGCCAAGUAAAAGAAUAAGAACAUGAAGAGGGACAGUUUCUUCAUUUGGUUUGAAUUUGUGUCCAUCUUUCUUAUGAGAUGAAGAGUGCAAUAGUCUGAGUCCUAGGAUGUUUGAAGCCUAGUCAUGCCUUUCAUAAACUGGCAGAAUUCCUAUUAGCUUCAGUAGGUUUAAAAUACCUUUUCAGAUACAUGAGAACCGUGCCAUGUGGCUUGAAAUCUAGAUGUGAUGGAAUGGACAAGCGAUACAAAAAUACCUUGGUGCCAAUGGCAGGUGUGACGUAGGUACACAAACUUGGUGAAAACUGCAGAUUUAUUCAUAUUGUGCAGAAUCUGAUUUGCUUAGCUGCCAUAAAGCAAAUGCCAAUCCUAUUAAGUUUAAAAAUAUAAGCUUAACAUGCUAUUUUUACAAUAUUUUAAAUUUCAAUAUGUAAUAUUGAGAUGUUAAUUACUUCCCAUGUUUUAAUGGCUGAAUUCACUAAACAAUGCUUGAAAAAAAAAUCAUUAUCAUCUUCUAGUGUAACUUAGGUCCUAUGGACCAUAUUCCCAGCUGAUGUAAAUUGAAAUAGCUUUGCUAAUGUCAGCAAUGCUCUGCUAAGAGUCUACAUCUCUAUGUGUUGAGACACGAUGUCUAUGCAGGGCACUCACUAUAAAUUCAAGGAAAAUAAAGAAUCUAAUUUUCUAUGAAUAAAGCAACUUUUAUAAAUAUUUA